AUGGAGAAAGUACUUGCUGGCAUUGGAUCAGGCAAAAGCUUUGAUCGAGUGAAUAAUGAAUAUCUGUGGUUGCUGCUUGGUAGAUACGGCCUGCAGGGGAGGUUUAUAGAUUGGCUGAAGACAUUAUAUAAAGGGGCUGAGAGCUUCCCACUUGUUAAUGGUUGGGUUGGGCGGCCUUUUGAGGUCGGUUCUGGUGUGCGCCAGGGAUGUCCUUUGAGCCCCCUGCUAUAUGCUUUCGCAAUCGACCCCUUUGUAAGAAGGCUAGAGGGCGCAUCGUUGUGCGGGGUGCCUCUGGGCAUUGCUGGUGUGCCACCUUUGAAGGUCGUUGCCUAUGCUGAUGAUGUGUCUGUUAUUAUCUCUGGGACUGAGGAGGCGCAGGAGGUGGUGGUCUCUGUGAUAGAGCAGUACACAGAGGCUUCUGGCUCUAAAGUCAACCAUGAAAAGAGUGAAGUUUUCUGGAUGGGUUAG